AUGGCGGUGGAUGGAGAUGGGAGCACGACACCGCUGGUGAUGCUUGUGGCUCGUCCGAGGAGGAGGCCUGUCAGGAUAUCCGAAGGUGCAAAGCGUGUGUGUAUGAUUCCCGGUUUAAAGUUAACCCUUUUGGGUCUACAGGCGUCCUGACACAUCAUCGAUUGAUCAUUUGCAAAUGCUGGUGUUGUGGUAUGUCAUGGAGUUGCUCCCUGUAUCCCUCCAAGCCAGGUGUUGGCAAGUCCAUAGGUAGGUGUGUCUUUUUUAUUCGCAUCGACCGCGCUACCCGGUGACCAAUGA